UCAAGCUGACGCAACGCAUGACUCAGUAGGACUCGCUCAAUGAGUCGAGACGAUACUUUUAUAACCUAGAAAAUAAAUAAACAUACACAAGUAUACAAAAUGAGACUAAUUUUGGUAGUAAUAGUGCUAUGUGCAUUUCUGUGUCAUGCUAAGGAUUUAACCGUUGGAACUAGAGUGAAUAACCUGCUUAUUAAUACGGAGAAACUCGUCGUCAAACCUAUUAUAUUUUUGAGGAGAGAGAAGACAUACAGUUAUGUUGAUCCGAAGCAGAGAACUAUUAAGGGCAUCAUAGCUCGUGAUCUCUCCCGGACGAAGGCCGAACCUACAAUUACUGCAGGAGGAGUGGGCGAGAAGCACGUCUCCAUACAUUUCAAGAGCGAGAGAGGAGAGGGAAUCAAUUAUUUGAUAUUGAUAUUUAGUAAUAAUGUUUAAUAAUUAUAGACAAUAGUAAAUACCUACAGGAAAAAAUUGACAGCCUAAUAUUUCAGUUCAUGUUGACAUUCAAUUAAUAUUGUAAUUUACAUUAUUUUAUUCUGUUUUCGACUCAUUUACAAGAAUGGCACAAUUUUCUACAUGUUUAUAAACUAUUGGUAGAUAUAAACAUUUUAAAUAAAAGUACCAACUGUCAA